AAUCGCACCUGCAGCACCGCGGCAGACGCAUCACAUUCUCUCUUCCAGGCGAACGCCCGUCCAAAAACGCAAUGGAGUCAACCAACCAAGUCGCCCAUGAGCUCGAGGGCCUGACUCUUGACACGGGCACUACUACCCAUGCCGCUUCUUCGACUCACAUCUCCGCCAUCGAGGUCGUCCACAAUGCCUCCGGCAGCACUACAGGUACCUCGAUUAACUCUACCCAUUCUGCCAGCGACAACACUCCCCACGUCGCAAACACCACCGGCUCCGGUGCCACCUCAACUACCACCAACAACACCCACUUGGCGCACCUCCGUCGCCAGGACGCCUACAGAGUCAACACCAACAAGCAGGCCAACCUCACCCGCGCCCAGGCUAUCGCGCUCGGACAUGCCCCUCCCCGUGUUGCCAACCACCGCGCCAACCUCCGUAACCGGCUCCACUACGAGCAGCGCCUUCAGGCCAUUCGCAGGGCUAUACACCAGGUCAAUCAUCAGGUCAACAGACCCACAGUCAAUAUGUUGAGGCAGCUUGAGGCGAGACAGAGAGCCCCCGUCAUCCAAGUUGUCAUGACCCCUGAGCAGAGGGCCGCAGCGGUAAGAGCCGAGAGAGAGCGCGACUUCUGGCGUGCGGUAGCGGAGGUGGGGAUGACUCAUCUUGUCGGGCAGAGGGAAUUGGAUGAGUGGAUGGCGAAGUAUGAGUGAGGAGGGGACUGGAGAUGGCGGUUGUGGCUGGUGGGGUGCCCCGAUUCGCGAGGGAGGUUGGUGAUGG